CGUCGCACCGUGAACGGCGUGUAGGAAGUGGUGUGUACAUACGCGUGUGCGCGCGCGUGUCUACCCGCGUUACCCACUUGUACUCUGGGAUUCUUAAGAGUUCGGGAUCGUUUCCGCUUUUCGUAGUGGAAAAGUGCGAGGAACAAUAACGCGGCGACCUCGUGCCAUUGAGAAAUCAAACGACAGAUGCCAUGGAUGCCUGGAUGUACGAUGUGGUCUGUAUGAUGUCUGGUGCCGGUGCCGAAAAUAUGAUCGGUAACAACCGGACGAUGGCGAACAUCAAGCAAGAAAUUGACAAUCCCACAACGCCCACGCAGAACUAUCAAGUCUGUUCACCGACUACGACUCUUCAACAUCAAGAGGUAAUCUGUAGCAAGAUUGAAGUGUCGGCCGAUUAUGGAGGAGGUGGGGCAAGUCCUGGAAGUCCGGAAAUGCAUCAUUGUUCGUCGACGACGCAGCCCUUAGGAACACCCGAGGGUGUCAAGGAGGAAGAUAUGAUACCUAGAAGGCUUUGCUUGGUGUGCGGCGAUGUGGCUAGCGGAUUUCAUUAUGGGGUCGCAUCUUGCGAAGCGUGCAAAGCCUUCUUCAAGAGAACUAUACAAGGUAAUAUCGAGUAUACCUGUCCGGCGAACGGCGAGUGCGAAAUAAACAAGCGCAGGAGGAAAGCAUGUCAAGCGUGCAGAUUUCAGAAGUGCCUUCGACAAGGCAUUCCCUACACGCCGAUCAAGACGGCUCCGUUGGAAGCAAACAUAGGAACAGGAACUUCUAACGAAAUAAUAAAUAAUAAAAUGUUGGAAGCUCUGGCCGCUUGCGAACCCGACAUGUUGCAAGUCUCUAAUCUCUCUCAUACCCUUGAUACGGAUCAAAGAAUCCUUGGGCAACUGUCGGAUUUGUACGAUCGAGAAUUAGUUGGAAUAAUUGGUUGGGCGAAACAGAUUCCUGGAUUCAGUACACUGGCUCUGAACGAUCAGAUGCGACUAUUACAAAGCACGUGGGCAGAGAUCUUGACGUUUAGUCUUGCAUGGAGGAGUAUGCCAAACAACGGUAGAUUAAGGUUUGCCCAAGAGUUUACUCUCGAUGAGCGACUCGCGCGUGAAUGCCAUUGCACAGAAUUGUACACGCAUUGCAUUCAGAUCGUUGAGAGGCUUCAACGAUUGGGAUUAACUAGAGAAGAGUAUUACAUGUUGAAAGCGUUAAUACUGGCGAACAGCGACGCCAGGUCCGAUGAGCCACAGGCGCUUUAUCGUUUUCGAGACACUAUCCUGAACUCUCUCUCGGAUUGCGUGGCAGCAGUAAGACCUGGGCAAGCGCUCCGUGCUACACAAAACAUGUUCCUAGUGUUGCCUAGUCUUAGGCAGGUAGAUGGCAUUGUUCGGAGAUUUUGGUCUAGUGUCUAUCGAACGGGAAAAGUACCUAUGAACAAGCUGUUCGUAGAAAUGUUAGAAGCCGCAUAUUACCGAUGAAGUGCUGAGUCGAACUCAAUUAAAAAAAAAAUAAAAAAAAAA